UCAAUUGGCAGAGUACAAAGAAAAAAAAAAAGAAAAAAAAGAAGAAGAUCCAGAGCUUCAAUUUCCUCCCCAUCUCUCUCUCUCUCUCCGCUCCCCACUCUUCACUCUCUCUCCCUCCCCUCUCAACGACCUUCACACUACGCCGCGAUCACGAAACAACCACCAACCGCCGCCGCCAGCUAACCACCUGGCUAAGACCAAAACACCCGUCAACACCACCACUAUUCCCUCUCCAGAUCUGAACCACCCCACCCCACCCCACUCCCGCCCUGGGAAUGGCUUCUUCGGAAGCCGAUUCCCGCCUCAACCAAGUCCUCAUCCCCGCCCUAGAAAAAAUCAUCAAAAACGGCUCCUGGCGCAAGCACUCCAAGCUCGUCCACGAGUCCAAAUCCGUCCUCGAACGCCUCACCUCCUCACCGGAAAAACCCCCCACCCCCACCUCCCCCCAAUCAGAUCCCGACACCUCCCCCGGCGUCCUCCACGACGGCGGCCCCUCCGAACCCUCCCUCGCCGAAUCCGAGCUCAUCCUCUCCCCCAUCAUCCACGCCUGCUCCUCGGGUAACCUCAAAAUCGCCGAUCCCGCCCUCGACUGCAUCCAGAAACUCAUCUCCCACGGCUACCUCCGCGGCGCCUCCGACGAGGCUGACAUCCUCUCCAAGCUCGUCGAAUCCGUCUGCAAAUGCAGCGAACUCGCCGACGAGGCCAUCGAGUUGUUAGUGCUCAAGACUUUACUAUCAGCCGUCACCUCCGUUAGUUUACGGAUUCAUGGCGAUUGUUUGUUGCAAAUCGUUAGGACUUGUUACGAUGUGUAUCUAGGGAGCAAGAACGUGGUGAACCAGACCACGGCGAAGGCCUCGCUGAUACAGAUGCUGGUGAUUGUGUUCAGGCGGAUGGAGGCGGACUCGUCUACGGUGCCGGUGCAGCCUAUCGUGGUGGCGGAGCUGAUGGAGCCGAUGGAGAAAGGGGAGGAUAACAGUAACAUGACGAUGUUCGUUCAAGGGUUUAUAACUAGGAUUAUGCAGGACAUUGACGGGGUUUUGAAUCCGGUGGGGACGCCGCGUGGUGGGGCGGGGGUGCAUGUGCAUGACGGGGCGUUUGAGAGUAGGGUCACCGUGGAGUCAACGAAUCCAGCGGAUUUGUUGGAUUCGACGGAUAAGGACAUGUUGGAUGCCAAGUAUUGGGAGAUUAGCAUGUAUAAGACGGCGUUGGAGGGUAGGAAGGGGGAGUUGGCGGAUGGGGAGACGGAGAGGGAUGACGAUUUGGACGUGCAGAUUGGGAAUAAGUUGAGGAGGGACGCGUUUUUGGUGUUCAGAGCGCUGUGUAAGUUGUCGAUGAAGACACCUCCUAAGGAGGCUUUGGCAGAUCCGCAGUUGAUGAGGGGGAAGAUUGUGGCGUUGGAGUUGCUUAAGAUCUUGUUGGAGAAUGCUGGUGCUGUUUUCAGGACUAGUGAAAGAUUUUUAGGUGCCAUUAAGCAAUACUUGUGUCUGUCGCUGCUGAAGAACAGUGCUUCAACACUUAUGAUUGUUUUCCAGCUUUCUUGCUCUAUUUUCAUUAGUCUGGUAUCAAGAUUUAGAGCCGGAUUGAAGGCGGAGAUUGGAGUAUUUUUCCCUAUGAUCGUUCUCAGAGUUUUAGAAAAUGUUGCUCAACCUAAUUUCCAGCAGAAGAUGAUAGUGCUUCGGUUUCUUGAGAAGCUCUGUUUUGAUUCACAGAUUUUGGUUGACAUAUUCCUUAACUACGACUGUGAUGUCAAUUCGUCAAAUAUAUUUGAGAGAAUGGUCAAUGGACUUCUUAAAACUGCUCAAGGGGUCCCUCCUGGCACUGCCACUACACUGUUGCCACCUCAGGAAGCAACCAUGAAACUUGAAGCAAUGAAGUGUUUAGGGUCUAUUUUGAAAUCUAUGGGAGACUGGAUGAAUAAACAAUUGCGCAUUCCAGAUUCUCAUUCUCUAAAGAAUAUUGAAGGAUCUGAGAACAGCAGCUCCGAGCUUGGGAGUCUUCCCAUGGUGAAUGGGAGUGUAGAUGAGCCUGUUGAAACAUCAGAUUCUCAUUCUGAAGCCUCCAGUGAAGUUUCUGAUGUUUCAGCAAUCGAGCAGCGCCGAGCAUACAAGCUUGAACUUCAGGAAGGUAUCUCUCUCUUUAAUCGAAAACCUAAAAGAGGUAUUGAUUUUCUGAUAAAUGCAAAUAAAGUGGGUAACUCACCAGAAGAGAUAGCAGCUUUCCUAAAAAAUGCAUCUGGGUUGAACAAGUCUUUGAUUGGUGAUUAUUUGGGGGAAAGGGAAGAUCUCUCUCUCAAAGUGAUGCAUGCAUAUGUGGAUUCCUUUGAUUUUCAAGGUAUGGAGUUCGAUGAGGCAAUUAGAGCCUUUCUACUGGGUUUUAGAUUGCCGGGUGAGGCACAGAAGAUUGACCGUAUCAUGGAAAAGUUUGCUGAGCGGUACUGCAAAUGUAAUCCAAAGGCAUUCACCAGUGCUGACACAGCGUAUGUCCUUGCUUAUUCAGUCAUAUUGCUCAACACUGAUGCUCAUAAUCCGAUGGUCAAGAACAAGAUGUCAGCUGAUGGUUUUAUUAGAAACAAUCGUGGCAUAGACGAUGGUAAAGAUUUACCUGAGGAGUACUUGAGAUCAUUGUUCGAGCGAAUAUCAAGAAGUGAGAUUAAAAUGAAAGACGAUGGUUUUGCUCCUCAACAAAAGCAGUCUACAAAUUCGAACAGAAUUUUGGGAUUAGAUAAUAUAUUGAAUAUUGUGAUCCGUAAACGGUGGGAAGACAAGGAUAUGGAGACCAGUGAUGAUCUCAUGAGACACAUGCAAGAACAAUUUAAAGAAAAAGCUCGCAAAUCAGAGUCUGUAUAUUAUGCAGCGACAGAUGUUGUCAUCCUUAGAUUCAUGAUUGAGGCAUGCUGGGCUCCUAUGUUGGCUGCUUUUAGUGUUCCUCUUGACCAAAGUGACGAUGAAGUAAUAAUAUCCCAAUGUUUGGAAGGCUUCCGAUAUGCAAUCCAUGUUACUGCAGUGAUGUCCAUGAAGACUCAUAGAGAUGCUUUUGUAACCUCGCUCGCAAAGUUUACUUCCCUCCACUCGCCUGCGGACAUCAAACAGAAAAAUAUAGAUGCCAUCAAGGCACUAGUUGCAAUUGCAGAUGAAGAUGGGAACUACUUACAGGAAGCUUGGGAACACAUAUUGACGUGUGUAUCACGUUUUGAGCAUUUGCAUCUCUUGGGAGAAGGUGCUCCUCUAGAUGCAACUUUCUUUGCUAUUCCUCAGAAUGAUUUGGAAAAAUCAAAACAAUCCAAGUCAAAUAUCCUUCCUGUUCUAAAGAAGAAGGGGCCUGGGAGGAUUCAACUGGCAGCUGGAUCUGGGAAAAGGGGUUCAUAUGACAGUGCUGGCAUUGGCGGCAAUGCUUCUGGAGGAAUUACAUCUGAUCAGAUGAACAAUCUAGUGUCGAACUUAAAUAUGUUGGAACAAGUUGGUGAGAUGAAUCGCAUAUUUGCACGGAGUCAAAAUUUAAAUAGUGAGGCAAUUGUUGACUUUGUCAAGGCUCUUUGCAAGGUCUCUAUGGAAGAAUUGCGAUCUACAUCUGAUCCACGUGUUUUCAGCCUUACGAAGAUAGUUGAGAUUGCGCACUACAACAUGAACCGCAUCCGACUUGUGUGGUCGAGCAUCUGGCAUGUACUCUCUGACUUCUUUGUAACCAUUGGCUGUUCUGAAAACCUUUCAAUUGCAAUUUUCGCCAUGGAUUCGUUGCGCCAGUUAUCAAUGAAAUUUCUGGAGCGGGAAGAGUUGGCUAAUUACAAUUUUCAGAAUGAGUUUAUGAAGCCUUUUGUAAUUGUUAUGCGGAAAAGUAGCGCUGUGGAAAUUAGAGAAUUAAUCAUCAGAUGCGUUUCUCAGAUGGUUUUAUCUCGUGUAAAUAAUGUCAAAUCAGGGUGGAAGAGCAUGUUUAUGGUCUUCACAACAGCAGCUUAUGACGAUCACAAAAACAUUGUGCUGCUGUCCUUCGAAAUAAUUGAGAAGAUUGUGCGCGACUACUUCCCAUACAUCACGGAGACUGAAACCACCACUUUUACAGAUUGUGUGAAUUGCUUGAUUGCAUUCACGAAUAGUAGGUUCAACAAAGACAUUAGUCUCAAUGCUAUUGCUUUCCUUAGAUUCUGUGCGGCAAAACUUGCUGAAGGAGAUCUAGGGUCCUCAUCAAGGAAUAAGGAGCAGGAAGGUUCUGGAAAGAUUUCUCCAUCUUCACCUCAAAAUGGUAAAGAUAGAAAACAUGAUAACGGAGACUUGCCAGACAAGGAAGACCAUCUGUAUUUUUGGUUCCCUUUAUUAGCUGGAUUGUCAGAACUUAGCUUUGACCCAAGGCCUGAAAUCAGAAAGAGUGCCUUACAAGUACUCUUUGAUACUUUGCGCAACCAUGGUCAUCAUUUCUCUUUACCGCUGUGGGAAAGAGUGUUUGACUCGGUCCUAUUUCCUAUCUUUGACUAUGUGCGGCAUACUAUUGAUCCAUCUGGUGGAGACUCGCUUAGUCAGGGGACAGAUAGUAAUUUGGAUGAGCUUGACCAAGAUGCGUGGCUCUAUGAGACAUGCACGUUGGCCCUCCAACUAGUUGUAGAUCUUUUUGUUAACUUCUAUGGCACUGUCAAUCCACUUUUGAGGAAAGUGUUGAUGCUAUUGGUAAGUUUUAUCAAACGUCCUCACCAAAGCCUUGCUGGUAUUGGGAUUGCAGCAUUUCAUCGUUUGAUGAGCAAUGCUGGGGAUUUUUUUUCUGAUGACAAGUGGUUAGAAGUGGUUUCAUCUCUGAAAGAUGCAGUCAAUGCUACACUUCCCGAUUUAUCCUUCAUUGUUGAUGGAGAUGCUAAGGUUUGGAGCAAUGAAGAAGCUUUCUCUCGACAGAAUAAUGAAGACACUAAUGGGUCUCGUACCCCUGAUGAUGAUUCAGAGAACUUUCAGAGACACCGUCUUCAUGCUGCUAUUUCUGAUGCCAAGUGCCGAGCUGCUGUCCAACUUUUACUGAUUCAGGCCGUGAUGGAGAUCUACAGCAUGUACAGACCUCAGCUUUCAGCCAAAAAUACCAUAGUCCUAUACGACGCUGUGCGUGCUGCAGGGUUCCACGCUCACAAGAUAAACAGCGACCUUACAUUACGUUCAAAGCUACAGGAGCUGGGAUCCAUCACCCAAAUGCAAGAUCCCCCACUGUUACGGCUUGAGAAUGAGUCUUACCAAAUUUGCCUCACAUUUUUACAGAACCUAAUUCUGGAUAGGCCUGAGAGUUAUGAUGAGGAAGAAGUGGAAUCUCUCCUGGUUGACCUUUGUCAAGAAGUCCUCCAAUUCUAUAUAGAAAUUGCGCGUUCUGGACAGGUGUCCCAGUCAUCUGUUGGUGGGGGCCCCCAGUGGUUGAUUCCUUUAGGUUCUGGUAAGCGGAGAGAAUUGGCUGCACGGGCCCCUCUUAUUGUUACGACUCUGCAAGCUAUUUGCAGUUUAGGAGAUUCUUCAUUUGUGAAAAACUUGGCUCACUUCUUUCCCCUACUCUCAAGCUUGAUAUGCUGUGAGCACGGGUCGAAUGAUGUUCAAAUAGCCCUUAGCGAAAUGCUGAGCUCGUCAGUGGGUCCCGUUUUGCUACGAUCGUGUUGAUCUCACAUACGGUUUGACCUCACGUUUUGAGAUGUAUGAUAGUUUUAUUCAAUACUUGCAUUUUUCUUCUUCUGUAAUGGUUCUCACUUCUUACUGGAAAAUAACAGUUUCAUAGCGUCCAAAGAGUUAGCGUUGGUUUUUGACUACCAAGUGCUUCUGUACCGUCAAGUUUAUUCAGGGGACUUUAGUUUUCUUCUUUAGACUUUAGAAUGCACAGAGUUGGUAGCAGGUGUUCCAAUGUUGUAUGUUGUUUUACGUGUUUUUGCCCCCGGCUGCUUUAGCAGCAAUAAUUUAUGUAAAAAAAUAUCUUAUAUAUCCAGCGUAAAGUAAUUGAGGUUUUCUUUGAAA